GAACUUCAAUUUGGGACAUAAUUAAUUUUUUAAGAGAGCAAUCUCGAGUAAUUCCUUCGGUUGAUUUAAAGUACGCAGAUGAGUCGCCAGUUACCACUGAUCUAUUCCUAUCCUUACCAGCUAAUGGUAUAAAUAUGCGAUUCGAUGGUCUAAUACAACGAUUAAAAGCGAUAGAAGUAUAUGAUUUUUCGAAACUAAGGUUAACCUAUCAAGAUAGUGAAGUUAGUUCAAGCAAAGUUGCACCAACUUUUCUCUCUAUAUACAAAAUUUUCGGCCCAACUUAUCCCGGAGAGUUGGAUAAAACGAAAAAAGAGUAUACUCUAAAUUACCCGGAACUUCCGGAUGGGACGUCGCCUUUACUUUCGCGCUUAUAUACUUUUAAUGGAACAAAUUUUCACAACGCUGUUGUACCUUCCUUAACAAGAAGUGCGAGUUCCGAAAACAGAGUGGGGAGCGGAGAAACCGGGGAGAUUGAAAGUGUUAUUGCAGAACUGAAGCGCGGAAUUACUAUCAAUUUUUUAGAUAGAAACCAUUCAAAUCCCAUUUCCAAAGAGAUACUCCUAAAUGUCACGACACCACAGGAUCUCUUGGUAGAUAUAGGAUCCGCAUUGCGAGUAUUUUUCAAGGAGGAAGACAAAAUGCGUAUACAUUCCGAAGAUAUUAGUAAUAUAGAUAGUGUAGAUAAUAAAGUGCAAGAAAAUAACAGUGUGCUAUCGAAUGGUAUAGAAGAUCGUAAUCACGGAGAUGGACACCCGAUUGAUUAUUUUUACAAUUAUUUUCAGUAUGGUUUUGAUGUACUUUUUGACGGAAUGACUCAUCGUUGUAAGAAAAUUAUAUUACACGGUAAUGUUCCGGGCCACUACGAUUUUCAGAGGUACAAACGAUGCCCAUACAAGAUAUUAUUACAUCCCAAGGUGAAUUCUAAUCCUGAUAUAAAUGAAAUAGCAAGACUUGAAGUUUCUGGUGAGGAUGAUGAUUCGCAGUCGACACCAUUAUCGCCAUCAGGAGUCGCGUAUAUUACUGCAGAAAUGAAGAUUGAUAAGAUCAGGGAACUUUUUGGUCCACUCACUGGGCGACCACUUAUUUUUAAUCGUGGAGCUGGUGGCCAAAAUCCAUUUGGACCUACUGAGUUAAGCGGACAUGAUGGUGCAGUGUUUGAGGUAAUGAAGAAUGGAUAUGUUGCAACAAUCACAUUAUUCUAG